CCCAACAGAGCGCCAAAACACAAAAAUUUUACCCCUCUUUUCUCUCUAGGUUUCCACCUUCCUAACUUUCUCUCUUCCUUCUCCACCCUUUCCUAAUUCUAAUUCCUCCAUUCUCACUCCUUUCGCCAUGUCCAACAGGGUUUGCAAGUUCUAUGCGCGAGGGUCAUGUUUGAAAGGGGACCAAUGUGAUUUUGCUCAUGAGAGAAAGGAUGAUGUUUGCAGCUAUUAUCAAAAAGGAUUCUGUGCUUAUGGUAGUAGAUGCAGAUAUAGGCAUGUCAAAGCUUCGCAAGCGUCAUCUUCGGCAAAUGGUCAUGGACGCCAUUCUCCUGUUUUGGAUUCUGUUGUGAGUCAUACUGCCAAAGGAACUUCAAGUUGGGUUCCAAAGGCCGUUAAGUCAUCUUCAGGUGAAUUAAUUUUAAAAACUCUCACCUGUAGUUUUGAUUGAUUUUAUUUUAUUUUUUUGGCAAGAUUCAUAGAAAUAUGUUGGAGAAUUGACUGGUAAUUUGCCUUUGAAUUUUCUUUUUCUUUCUUUAUGGGUGAAAUAAUUUGGCCAGGAUGAUAUUUAAAUUUGCUUUUGUUGCUGUUGCUUUACUUAGUUAGAUUUUUUGUUGACUUAUCAAUAUAUAUAUUAGAACAAGCCGGUCUGAGUUUAUUGUGAGUGUUAACAAGUAUCCUGAAGCUUAAAGUCAUAAACUUUUUGUUGGGAUGAGAUUCAAAAUGAGAUUCGAGGG